GUUCUCCUGUCCGUCCUCUACUAAUUCAAGGAUUUUUGGCAUUACUGAAAGAAGAGCCAAAGGGGAAAAAACUUGGAGGAACGGCAACAGCUGCUGGCCGAGUCAAGCGUGGACAAGACUUGCCUACAUUUGCAGCUGCAUUGCUCUCUUAGGCCAUGACCAACCCCUUAGAGAAAGUGGUGGCCCAGAAGAAAGAAGCCAUUGAGGCAGUGAUGGAGAUGUUUGAACGAGGGGCAGAGGUCCUGGCCAGUGCUGUGGGGGAGAUCUUCCCUCUGUGUGAGGUAGCGGCUCCCAUUCUGCGGCUGACUCUGGACAAUGUGCAGAGCAAUGAGGUCUUCUACGUCAAGGAGCAGUUCCUGUCUGUACGCAACAAGCUGGACAUUCUGUCCACCCAGCUGGAAGAAAUAGACUAUGAAAUCAAAAAGGGCCAGGUGGACGCUCAGUAUUUCUCCGUGGAGGAGAACAUUCAUAAUCAGUUCCGUAAAUACAUGGACAUCUUCGAGGCCAAACCCCAGUUUCGAGAGACAAAGACCAGACUGUUUUUGGAACAUUUCUCCAAAACUGGUGGAGAGAAGAAUCUGAAUUCACUUUGUGAUGCUGUUUUAGGACGCAACAUCUUUGUGGAAUCAGUCCUGGAGGUGGUGAAAAACUAUGAAGGUCAUAACAGGAGGAUCUUGGAGAACUUCUGCGUCAGGAUGAAGGAACUGUUCUGCCUGGGCUUGAUUGCCCUCUUGGGUCACACCGCUCUCACCCAGGAGGAAGAGGAAGAACAACAAAUUAUUGAAAAAUGGAACCAGAAGAUGCAGGAGGUUGAGAUUAGGAUGAAGACGGCGAUUGAAGAAUGUGUUGCAGCUUUUCCCGAGCAGGCCUGUCUGGACAUCCAGAGGCUGGUACGGGAGAAGGGAGAGAAAAGCGACCCAGACACAGCGCAGGAAUUGGUGGAAUUCCUCUCAAAAAAGUACGACUGGGUGUGCUGGUCCGUCCGUGUGGUCAGCCACUCCGGCAGCAGCUACCGUAACUGGCGGGCCGGAGAUAACUUCCAGCAUGUGGUGGGGCAGAGCUGGUUCGACGUGCCGAACAUAAACAAUGUCACCGUAGUGGUGUCCUACAGCAGCCGCCCGCAACCCGUACUCCAGGAUUGCAUCCAGCAGUUAAUGGAUGGCAUGGGGAAGAAGGGCGAUGUGCAGCUUGUGGCAGAGGACCUGGAGAGGAAGUUCCCUGGUAUGGUGGUACACACGGUGAGCAGGCAUAAGGAAAUCAGCGCCUACUGGAGCUUCCCGGAAGACUGUCACUACUGGAAGAAGCACAAAAACAUGGCCCUCUGUGUGCAUUCUGAGUGAAGGCCCCCAUCAGAAGAUCAGGAGAGCAAGGGAAACAUGUUCCGCUCUCAGCUAUCAGAUUACCGCUUAUUGAUUUGUGUGCAAUGUGAGGUGCGGUAUUAGCUUAUAAGCUUAUCCUUUGUUUUUCAGGCUUGAGACAAAAGGCUAGAUAAUGUAAUAUAUCUUACUACGAUAACAGAGACGAGAUGUUCUCUGUAUGCUUCGAAUUCACUGAUGUCUUAAUAUAACAAAACUCCAUGCUCUCCCAAAUUUCCCUAUCAAAAUAAGUGCAAUGUUGCAAUCGAUGUGAUUAGCUAUGGUUCUCCCUUGAGCCUCUGGCAGAUUUAUACAAUAGGUGACAACUGAUUGGCUGAUGAGUGAUGGAUGUUUUCAUGAUCGUUGCUGAAUUAUAUAAUUUCAUUGGCUGUCCAAGUCCAGGUCUGGUCAGAUGAUGUUAGUGAGCCGCUGAAUGGAUUGCAGACCAGGAAUCUUUCUUACUUGCCGGAGUAUCAAACGGAACCCAAUAACAAAGGCUGUGGUACUUCAAGAUCACAGGGUCGUUCAUGCAUUAUUUACUCAAAGUCUCUUUAAGAUUCUACAUACGUAUGCAUGACAUAAAUAAAGCAUGACUUUCAAUGCAUUUUUUGGAGCCCAAGUCAUUGGUGACCCUAACAUUUGACCGUUGUUCUGUUGA